AUGUGUGGAAUACACGCUAUCAUCUCUUCUCGUGACGUGCAGGAGAUCCCUCACAGCUUGAAGCAAUCGCUAUCCAAUCGGGGCCCAGACUACCUCGGGCAGGCCACGCGAACAGUAUCUGGCGAGAGUCAAAUCGAUGGCGACAUCUCAUUAUUCUUCACCUCUACAGUGCUCGCACUUCGUGGCGACCACAUAGCACAACAACCCAUCGAGCACGCAGACACGGGCUCCAUACUAUGCUGGAAUGGCGAAGCCUGGAAGCUCGCGGGUCAGCCCGUUAACGGAAAUGACGGCGAGGCAAUAUUUGCGCAGCUGAUGUCUGCUUCUCUCGCGGAUACCCAGUUUCAAAAGAACCACGUUCUACAAGUCUUGCGUAGUAUUCAAGGCCCCUUCGCUUUUCUUUUCUAUGAUGCUGUUGGCAAGUGCCUCUAUUUCGGCCGCGAUCGCCUAGGGCGUCGAUCACUUCUCACCAAACGAGCCGCAGAUGGUUCUACGGUUAUAUUCUCGAGCAUCGCCGGGUCAUCAGAGCCUGGAUGGAAGGAGGUCGAUGCAGAUGGCAUUUUUUCCGUUCAUCUCACUGCCAGUGAAAACGGUAGUCUCAAUGCUAUGAGAGACGAUUGGCUAGCGUCUGGAGAGACCGAUCUGGUCUCCAGCAUUGGCAGAUUCAAUAUGUCACCACCAGAAGGAGGGGAGGCGAUACUUGAUUUCAAUACGCCCUCCGUAAAGCUGGUCCAGGACUACUUGACAAGGGCUCUGGAACUUCGAGUCCUGAAUGUGCCAGAACCGCCCAGGAUUCCGGGCCCAUUAGCUGACAUCGACGUCCGGGUUGCAGUGCUCUUCUCGGGAGGUUUGGACUGCACUCUCAUGGCCCGGCUAGCUCAUGAUGUCCUCCCAGCUUCUCAAGGCAUCGAUCUUAUUAAUGUGGCCUUUCAAAGUGCCCGUGAUGCUGCCGGGCAGCCAGAUGGAUCUGACGGCAAGUCUUCCCAAGCCUAUGAGGCAUGUCCGGACCGAAUCACUGGAAGGCAAGCGUUCGCAGAGCUGAAAACGGCUUGUCCCUCACGAUGGUGGCGCUUCAUUGCGGUGAACAUUCCUUUCGCUGAGACCAUGGCUCACAGGUCUCGUGUCGUUUCACUGAUGUAUCCCCAUAAUACAGAGAUGGACCUGUCUAUUUCGCUAGCUUUGUACUUCGCAAGCCGGGGAAUUGGCGACGGGUACGUCGCAGGUUCAUCUGGAAUUACACCCGCGCCAAGCGUCACAACCCCUGCCCGAGUUCUUCUAUCAGGCCUCGGAGCUGAUGAACUAUUCGGAGGAUAUUCUCGUCACGAAGCCGCGUUUAAGAGGACAGGUUAUGCUGGCCUGGCUGAUGAGCUGAAGCUGGAUGUUAGCAGGAUCGGCCAGCGCAACUUAGGAAGAGACGACAGAAUCCUGUCGCACUGGGGUAAAGAAGUUCGGUUUCCGUUUCUGGAUGAGGAUCUCAUCAAAUUUGCGAUAGAAUGUCCAGUUUGGCACAAGUGCGACUUCGCGUAUCCAUUUCAUCCAGCAGUCAUUGAUCCUGCCAAGAGGCUUUUACGUCUCCUGGCAGACCAACUGAACCUUCCCUUAACAGCGCGGGAGAAGAAAAGGGCCAGUAGUAUCGCGCACGUUUUCGACAAAGCACGGGAGCCAACCGGGAAGUCGUCCUUCAACCUGCCCGGCUCACCAAAGUGUCGGUGCCGGAGGAGAAGCGAACCGGCGGCCUGCAACACGUCGAGAUAUGUGACGGAACACCUGCGCAUGCCCGAUUGCAUGGGUCAGCAGGGCAUCGCCAGCAAGGACAAGGCCAAGGGGUUCAAGGCGGCACGGGGUGAAGUCCAAGGUCUCAUAGCCCGCGACAUCACGCGGCCCUCUGGCUCGGUCUGGUCCUGGCGAUAUUUGCAUUCCUUUCAUCAGAUGCUCACUCAUCAAGCCCUCAGGGUACCUGAACGGAUAGAGCGAGCGGACCGCGUCGGCGGCACGUCGUUUCGUCUCGCAGCAUGCGAAUGCCGGGUCUUCACGUGCCGGCACGCCGAGGCGCUCGACGUGGGCGUGUGGCCGCGCUUCGUGGACAACGUGCGGACGUGGACGGGGAUACCGGCGGGCCCGCGCUGGGGGCUGGUCGAGGCUCGGCUCUUUUUGAAUAGAUGCAGAGCGAUUUUGACAAUACUAAUAAUUCCAACGUGA